UGUUGAGGGGCGGGGCCUUCGCAGAACAUGGCUGGUGAGCCUGAGGGGAGCAAGUCCCUGAGCGGGCUGCUGAGCGGCCUGGCCCAAGACGCUUUCCACGGGCACCCAGGCAUAACAGAGGAGCUGUUGCGGAGCCAGCUUUAUCCAGAGGUAUCGCCCGAGGAGUUCCGCCCGUUUCUGGCAAAAAUGAGGGGGAUUCUCAAGUCAAUUGCAUCUGCAGACAUGGAUUUCAACCAGUUGGAGGCAUUCUUAACUGCUCAAAUAAAAAAGCAAGGCGGGAUCACAUCUGACCAAGCUUCUGUUAUUUCCAAAUUCUGGAAAAGCCACAAGACAAAAAUCCGUGAGAGCCUCAUGAACCAGAGCCGUUGGGAGAACGGACUUCGAAACCUGAGCUGGAGAGUUGAUGGCAAGUCUCAGUCAAGGCACUCAGCUCAAAUACACACCCCUGUUGCCAUAAUAGAGCUGGAAUUCGGGAAACGUGGACAGGAAUCUGAAUUUCUGUGUUUGGAAUUUGAUGAGGUCAAGGUCAACCAAAUACUGAAGAAGCUCUCAGAGGUAGAAGAAAGUAUCAACAUACUGAUGCAACCAGACUAAUUGAAGAUGAUACAGGAAAGAGUUGGAAUUAUAAAACAGAAGUGUUCAUGAUCCCUCUCCACUUUUUACAGUCCCUUUCCCCCACUGGUAUUAAAUCCUCAAAAUCAAA